AUGGAUGUAGAAAAGUCAAUUUUCGCCAUAGCUUCAAUUUCGAAAACAUUCAUUGCUGUUGCUGUUAUGCAACUUGUUGAGCAGGAAUUGGUCGAUCUUGACACAGACAUCAACCAGUAUUUAUCGGAACCUCAUCAUCGUAUUUUUCAUCCAAACUAUUCAUCUCAUUCGAUUACUUUACGAAGAUUACUCUCCCACUCGUCGUCAAUUGCUGUCGAUGAAAACAUACAACUCAGCUUGUAUCAAACGGGCGACACUGCUUUCGAACAGUCGACAUUAGCUGAGACACUAUUUACUUAUGUAAAUCCGAACACAUCGAAUUGGUUGCCAAAGCCACCGGGUACCGUAACAUUUUAUUCGAAUGAUGGUUCUUCUUUAGCUGGAUUGGUUGUUGAACGAGUAGCAAACAUGUCCUUCGAUGAAUAUGUGAAAGAAAAAAUAAUGAAACCGCUUAAUGUCGAUAUUAGUAAAGUAGGUGUUCGCUUAGCCGAUUUUUCAAAUAGAGAAGAACUCGUCAAACAUUAUGCUUAUUCAUUUAAUGCAUCUAACCUUAAUGAAUGGACACAAGGAUUGCCACAAUUGAAUGUGACACAACUUUCAAGCACUUUUCCGAGCUGGCUAUACAUUCCAUUCUUCGGCUUCAGUGCCUAUCCUGCUGGUCUGUUUCGCAUGUCAGCUCGUUCUCUAUCUAUAUUUCUUCAAAUGUUUAUGAAUAAUGGAUCUGGUCUUCUCAAUCCUAGAUCUAUUGCUGAAAUGAAACUAGUAGUCGGUGGUGGUCUCAUCCCAUAUUAUGAUCCCAAUGGAAUAGCUAGUUCGUCAGUUAUACCACCACCGAGCUUUGGACUUAGUUGGAUCUGGCAGACAUUGAGCGAUGGACGACGAUACAUUGGUCAUGGUGGUACACUUCCUGGUGCAAGACAUUGGAUGUUACUUAAUGAAAAGAACACUAUUGGUGUUAUUGUUCUUUCAAAUGGAGAUUCUAAUGUACCAAUUCAAAAUCAACAAGAUUCAUAUAUAAUCGUCGAUGGUAUAAAUUGGUUCUACUAUUGGGAUAUAGAAACUCUUCGCUUUGGUCUUAAUUAUCAAGCACGAUCGGAUGAUUUGUUUAUUGUAACGUAUCCCAAAAGUGGAACAACAUGGAUGAAAACAAUUGUUUAUACUCUAUUGACAAAUGGACAACCUUUUGAUAUUGAUUGUAAGGAUUUUUUUGAAAGGUUUCCUUAUCUUGAAUUAGAUGAUGAAAAAGCCAUUAUCAAUAUGCGACGGCCGGGUGCUUUGAGAUCUCAUUUACCAAUGAAUCGUAUACCGUACAAUUCGCAAGCAAAAUAUAUUUGUGUGAUUCGAAAUCCAAAAGAUGUUUGUGUGUCCUAUUAUACAUUUUACAAUACGUGGGCUGGUGUACAUCGUUUGAAUUUCGAUGAAUUCUUCGAACUUUUCAUUCAAGGUCGUCUACCAUUCAACGACUAUUUUGAAUGUCUUCGGCUAACUUGGGAACGACGUAAUGAUCCAAAUGUGCUUCUUGUAGCUACUUUUAUCAAUAUUCAUUUGGCCGAAGAACUUCUUCAAAAAGUCAUUCUUUACUCAUCAUUCAAUUAUAUGAAAAAUAAAUAUGAUGAUGAACGACGAAAAUUCGAAAUGAUAUAUAUCGAAGAAAUCGAAGAUGAAAUUGUUCGCGCUCGAAUGUUGAAGCAGUUUGAUGGUGAUCCCAAUAUGGAAUUAGUACGCAAAGGACAAAUCAACGAUUGGAAAACAUUUAUGUCUCUAGAGCAAAGUGAACAAAUCAAGAAUAAAUUUAUCGAAACAUGUCAAAAAUGUGAUGGGCUUGAAAGUUACUGGUCGAAAUGGAAUAUUUUUUGUUGA